AUGGUAUCAGAGCUUCACCGGACUUACGCCGCAGCAGUUGUGAUGGAGCCGGCCGGUGACAGAAACCAUAAUCAGACAGAGCAGGCAGGAACCUCUUCGAGCCAGAUCCCAUCGAAUCAGCACAACGAUGAGUUUGAAGAUCCUCUCUACUUGCACAUUACUGAGAACCCUAAUCUCAGUCUUGUAUCACCUCCCCUAACCGAGAUCAAUUACAACUCCUGGAGUAGAUCGAUGCGCAUUGCCCUGGAGGUGAAGAACAAAUUCGGGUUUGUCAAUGGAACAGUUCCAAUUCCAGAAGCUAAUGAUCCAAGGCUGACAACUUGGAGAAGAUGCAACCGCAUUGUAUGCUCUUGGAUCUUGAGGUCUGUCAACCCAAGCAUAGCAGAAAGUGUAAUGUACUUUGACAAGGCCAUAGAUAUCUGGAAUGCGCUACAAAAGAGGUAUUCUCAAUCUGACCCUCAUAGAAUUUCUGAAAUUCAGACUGAAAUUUUUAGAAGUGUGCAAGGACAAAUGACUGUGAAUGAGUAUUUCACAAAGAGUAAUGCCUUAUGGCAACAAAUGAAUGCAUUGAGACCUUUGCUCCUAUGUGAGUGUGUGCCUAGAUGCUCCUGCACUCUAGUGAGUAGAAUGCAGAAACAAAGGGAAGAGGAUCAAAUAAUCUGA